UGGGUGCCACCGCGUCCCUGCCAGCCGGGACGCACCACCGAGGCCUAGAGGCCAGCGGGAGGGGACGCGGGCGGUUCAGCGUCAGGGGAGCCGGAGAAGCCGCGCGGCGCCCAGGCCCCUCAGAGCAGGGCUCUUGCCUCUUCCCGAAAGUCAGCCCGUCUCCCUUCGGGCACGGGCGCCCCGGGACCCCGGGGGCUGCUGAGCUGGGGGGGCGCUCGAGCUGCGAGGAUCCGGGCUGCCCGCAGGACGAGGAGCGGGCGCCCAGGAUGGGGUGCAUGAAGUCCAAAUUCCUCCAGGACAGAGGCAAGGUCUCAAAAACCGAGCCCAGCACCAACCCACACAGCCCUGUGUAUGUGCCAGAUCCCACGUCUGCAAGCAAGCGGCAUCCUGACAACAGCAACAACAACCCACCAGGGUCCACAGUUGCAGGUCCUGAUGACAUCGUUGUGAUUGCCCUUUAUGAUUAUGAGGCCAUUCACCACGAAGACCUCAGUUUCCAGAAGGGAGAUCAGAUGGUGGUCCUGGAAGAGUCUGGGGAAUGGUGGAAGGCUCGAUCCCUGGCCACCCAGAAAGAAGGCUAUAUCCCAAGCAACUACGUUGCCCGCGUUGACUCUCUGGAGACAGAGGAGUGGUUCUUCAAGGACAUCAGCCGGAAGGAUGCAGAGCGCCAACUCCUGGCCCCGGGCAACGUGCUGGGCUCCUUCCUGAUCCGGGACAGCGAGACCACCAAAGGAAGCUACUCGUUGUCUGUGCGAGACUAUGACCCCCAGCACAGGGAUGCGGUGAAACAUUACAAGAUCCGGACCCUGGACGGUGGGGGCUUCUACAUCUCCCCACGGAGCACCUUCAGCACCCUGCAGGAGCUGGUGGCCCACUACAAGAAGGGGAGUGAUGGACUCUGCCAGAAGCUGACAGUGCCCUGCAUGUCCUCCAAGCCCCAGAAGCCGUGGGAGAAAGAUGCUUGGGAGAUACCCCGGGAAUCCCUCAAGCUGGAGAAGAAACUUGGAGCCGGGCAGUUUGGGGAAGUCUGGAUGGCCACCUACAACAAGCACACCAAGGUGGCUGUGAAGACGAUGAAGCCAGGGAGCAUGUCUGUGGAGGCCUUCCUGGCAGAGGCCAACCUGAUGAAGACUCUGCAGCAUGACAAGCUGGUGAAGCUGUAUGCAGUGGUCACAGAGGAACCCAUCUACAUCAUCACGGAGUUCAUGGCCAAAGGAAGCCUGCUGGACUUCCUGAAAAGUGCGGAGGGCAGCAAGCAGCCGUUGCCCAAGCUCAUUGACUUCUCAGCCCAGAUUGCAGAAGGCAUGGCCUUCAUCGAGCAGAGGAACUACAUUCACCGAGACCUCAGAGCCGCCAACAUCCUGGUCUCUGCGUCCCUGGUGUGUAAGAUCGCCGACUUUGGCCUGGCACGUGUCAUCGAGGACAACGCAUACAUGGCUCGGGAAGGGGCCAAGUUCCCCAUCAAGUGGACAGCCCCUGAAGCCAUCAACUUUGGCUCUUUCACCAUCAAGUCAGACGUCUGGUCCUUUGGUAUUCUGCUGAUGGAGAUCGUCACCUAUGGCCGGAUCCCUUACCCAGGGAUGACAAACCCUGAGGUGAUCCGGGCACUGGAGCAUGGAUACCGCAUGCCUCGACCAGAGCACUGCCCCGAGGAGCUCCACAAAAUGAUGACACGCUGCUGGAAGAACCGCCCUGAGGAGCGGCCCACCUUCGAAUAUAUCCAGAGUGUGCUGGAUGACUUCUACACGGCCACUGAGAGCCAGUACCAACAGCAGCCGUGAUGGGCACACCCGGGCGGGGUCUAAGAGGUGCCUCCAGCGCCAUCUGCCUGGUGCAAGCUCACCCUUCCCAGUCCCAGGCACCACCCACCCCCAGUUCCAGCCACAGUUCCUCAUCUGUCAAGGCGCUGAACCGGAACAAUCUCUUUUUGACUCCAGCAAUCUACAAUCCGCCCGCCUCAGGAGACCCCAAGUUGAUAUUUCUAUUGCCUGGGACAGCUGGAUUCCAGUUGCAGCUGUGGUUUGGAUGGGAAACUUUAAAAAUAAUGCAAUAAAUAUUUAAAUAAAAGAUACAAAUGCU